UUUGUUUAAUUUAAUUGACAUUUUGCAUUCAUUUAAAAUAUGAUUAAAAUUUUUUAAGUUUCUUGAUUGAGUAUUUACAAACUGUUCAAUAAAUAAUAACUAAUAAUAUGGCUCAUGAUAAUAAUAAUGAUAAUAAUAAUAUUAAUGAUAAUAGCGCACAAAAAUUAGCGCAAUUAGAAAAAAAAAUAAAUAAUAAAAAACAAGACAAGCCUCUAAAAAUUAUUAAAUCUGCGACGAAAAAUAAUCCCUCGAAAAAUCGCGUGAGUAAGCCAAAGAGUAAAUACACGCUGAGAGUUAACGCGCAAAAAAAAGUUGAAAAAGUAACAACAAGAAAAAAAAUAAAUCAUGAGUUACAACUUUACAUCCCACGAAAAAUAUUUCGUAUAAUUUCGUUGUUACGUAAUGAAAAAUUUUAUAAACUGGUUGCGAAAUUUUUCAAACCCAAUGCAGAGAUUCCUGCCUGGAAAUUUAAUAAACAGUCAAGUAAAAAAAGUUUAACUUGAUUUGAAUCCUCAUUAAAAAAAUUGUUAUGUCAUCAUAAAAAUUUAAAAAUAAAAUUCAUUGUUAU